AUGCAACCCAUCUCGUUUUUGGAUUCUCACUCCCUUUCGCAAUCCUCGUCCACAACGGACAACCAUCAUUCUCAAUCCCCUCUUGAUUUUUCAAUCCCAAUUUUAUCCAAUGGCGAUGGACGCGUUGAUCGUAUGAUACCACAGCAGGAGGAUUUCUGUUUUACGCAGAACAUUGGUGUCGCUUUACAGCCUUUGCCCACCAUGCCCGAUGAUUAUUCUCAAUCUUAUCCUACUCGUGCAAUUUCAGCAUCACCUCCUCGCGUUGUUAGUCUUAUGACGCCAUUGCCAGAGAGCGCUGAUUUUACGCAGACCAAUGCAGGUGAUUCUGCUGUCACACAUAUGGCCCAUCCGGAAGGGCCACACUUGCCUCCCGUACAGCGGCUAAAGAUAGCCACUCAAGCAGUCAAGACAGCGUCUAAGCGGCGCAGGAAAUCCGCAGUCACGUUCAUGUGCGACUGGCCAGGAUGUGUUGACACUUUCACCACGAAGCACAACCUCCGCAAUCAUCUCAUUUCACACCUUGGCAUCCGAAAUUAUCAGUGCGAUGUUUGCAAGCGCACUUUCGGCGUCGCGCACGUCCUCACCCGACAUCGCAAGAAGUGUCAUGCCGCUGACAGCAACUGA